AUGAAUUUUCUUGAUCCAAUUGCGAAAAAUCCUUUUCCAUCGCAAAAUCGAAGUUAUCAAACACCUAUGAGUGAUCAAGAAUUUGAAAUUUUACUUCGAAAAAUUGUUCAUGAAACAAAUGAUCCUGAAAAAAAACUUGAAAUUCUCUAUCAUUCACGAGGAUUUUUCAGUGGUGAACAAGCUGGUCAUAUUGUAUCAUCAAUAACACGACCAAAAGAUCGAAUGAAGGCCAUUUUGAUAUUAGAACCGCGUUUAAUUCCAAUGACAUGUCAACAAGCACGGAAUAUUCUUGCUUCUAUAACCGUACAUAAUGAUCGUCUUGAAGCACUUCAAUAUGUAAAAAGGGCUCUUAAUGAUGCCUAUACACAAGAAGGAACUGACUACAUUUUAAGUGUGUUUCCAUUUUAUGAAGAUAAAUUAAAAGCAGGUGCUAUUUUGGAAACGAUAAUUGCACGAGAAGGAAUCCGAGUAGCUGCAGGUGGACAUAUAGGUUAUGGUGCACUUGGUUCAUCUGUUGUUCGUGCUGCACCAUUAAAUCCACAUUUUUAUGGACCUGUAGCUGCUCAAGUAGCUCAUUUACCUAAUCAUAGUCAAGAAAUAACAACUGCACGUAAUAUAUUUCCUCCAAAAGCUCCAUCAAUUUAUUCAUUUGGUGAAUCAUAUCUUCCACCAACUCGACCAACGGAUAUAAAUGCUCAUUACACAUCUAAUACAACCGAUAAUAUUAAUCGUCAAUAUACAGACACUAAUGCAGCACCAACACAUAUUUAUCAUGCAACUGAUCCAGGUCCAGUAGGCUAUGCAAAUUUACAAUCAAGUACAGCUCCAAAUGCAUGUGAUGUUACACCUCAAUUACGUCAACAAACACAUUCCUAUAUGAGUUAUCCGAAUAAUUAUUCAUCAACUCGUCCUGAUCCUGUUACAAGCCAUUAA